AUGGAGGACAAGAUAAAUAAGAGAGUGAUGGAAGAUGUAGCAGUUAUCGGAGGAUUAAUAGGAGUCCAAUUUAUCUACGCAGGGAACGCUGUGUUGAUGGGUUAUGUUAUGUCAUUGGGUCUCACCUCAUUUACCAUUAUCAUCUUCACCUCUCUCGCUGCAUUCUUUAUUCUCUUCCCCGUUGCCUUUUGUGUUGAAAGGAGAAAGUGGCCCAAGAAUUGGAGUUUCAAGUUGAUUAUGCAGCUAUUGUUUCUUUCAUUUGGAGGAUUAGCUUUCCAGACUUUAUUACUCAAAGGAAUCAAUCUAGCUUCGCCAGCAAUGGCAACUGCUAUGCCAAAUCUUGCCCCAGGCCUUAUCUUCAUCAUCGCAUGGACUUUCGGGUUAGAGAAAGUCAACUUAAGCAACAAGAAUAGUAAAGUAAAAAUCUUAGGAACAUUGCUCUGUGUCAUGGGCGCUCUCAUAAUGAGCAUAAUGCAAAGCAUUUCUACUCCUGCAACCGAGAAAGAGGUUAAAAUUCAAUUAUCAUCGACACCAUCAGAUUCUAUCUUUGACAUGCAGAAGAUAAUCGGAUGUCUCUAUCUCAUGGCUUCUAUCCUCAUAUUGUCAAGCAACAUCGUCCUGCAGGCUUUUGCUCUUGGAGAUUUUCCUGCACCCAUGUCCUUGAGCGCAAUAACGUCCUUGCUUGGGGCUUUCAUGACUGCAAUUGUUCAGUUAGUUGAAGAUCACGAAGUGAAAACUGGUUGGCCACUUGUGAGUUUUAAGGACCUAAUUGGCUAUUCUUUUCUGGGAGGUGCAGUGAGUGGAAUAUGCCUAAGCUUCAGUGGGUGGGCAAUUGAGAAGAGAGGGCCAGUCUUUGUCUCCAUGUUUAGCCCCAUUGGUACAGUCUCCACCGUCAUUUACUCAGUUGUUACCCUUGGAGAUUCUAUUAAUUUUGGAAGCAUUGCAGGUAUGUUCCUCAUGUUCACUGGGCUAUACUUGGUUCUCUGGGCCAAAGGGAAAGAAGUCUAUGCAGAUGGACAUGAAUUAGAGAGUGAGUUUGAUGCAGAAAAGCCUCUUUUAUGUUGA